AUGUCUUAUGUACACGAUAGUGACUCACAUGAGGAGCUGGAUGAUUUGCCCGACGACAUUGAUAGUGAUUUGGAGCCGGUGGAAGACGAUACCUUGGAAACAGCCUUAAUGGUGGGGGCUCAAUUUCAUCAACUCGUAAAUAUUUUCUCGGCUUCCUCGUCGGCAUUUCCCCCUUUAAGAAGGACUCCCUACCGAGAAUCCACUCUCACGGGUUUGGAUUGGGUAAAUGAACUGUUAGCUGGAAAUCCACGGCGCUUCAAAGAUGCAAUGGGCAUAAAUCAAUGUCAUUUUAGCAUCCUAUGUGAUGAAAUCAAAAGGGCGGGAUUCCACGAAGAAACGAGACAACAAAGAAUAGACAUUGAAGAAAGUGUAGCCAUUUUUCUUCAUACAAUAAAAGGUCAUCAAAGGCAACGACGUGCGGGUGAGACAUUCAGACAUUCGGGGGAGACAAUUAGUCGUCAUUGUCACAAAGUCAUCAAUGCGCUAUGUUAUCUAGCCUCCGACUACAUCCGUCCCCCAGACUUCAAUCGCGUUGCACCGUGGAUACGAAAUAAUCGGAACUUAUAUCCCUACUUCAAGGAUUGUAUUGGCGCCAUUGACGGCACUAUUAUACCAGCGUGGGUGCCCGAAGGACAUCAAGGUUCGUACAGAUGUAGGAAAGGUUAUUUAGCCCAAAAUGUGAUGUUGGCGUGUGAUUUUGACUUGAAGUACACUUUCGUCCUAGCGGGCUGGGAAGGCAGCGCAAACGACGCACGUAUUUUUAAUCAAACUAAGGCAGACCCCAGAUAUAAUUUUCCACCACCCGGUAAAUUCUAUGUGGUGGACUCCGGAUACGCAAACAUCCCAGGUUUCAUGACGCCAUAUCGUGGUGAAAGAUAUCAUCUUCCAGAGUGGUUGGGGUCUAACCAGUUGCCCGGCAAUGCUCGUGAGUUGUUUAACAGAAGACAUGCCACUGUCCGUAACGUUAUCGAACGCAGCUUCGGUUUGCUAAAAGGGAAGUUUCCCAUCAUAAAGGGGUUGAUGCCAAACUACAAAGUUCACUCGCAAACCGACAUUGUAAUAGCUUGUUGUGUUCUACACAAUUUUAUUCGGAUGCAUGAACCGCUAGAAAACAUGCCCCCUGAAUUCAGGAACACAGAGUACGUACGGCGACAUGAUCCUCGCGAUCGUACUUUCCCUUUUAUGUCCAAUGAUGGGAACGCGAACCCCAGCGUUGGUGAGCAUUGUGUGUUGCGUGACACGAUAGCCCAAGCCAUGUGGGCGAACCGAAGAUAG